UUGCUCGACCGACCACGCUGUUCGCGCCCCUCCCCCGCAGCAUACGAUCGCUAAAGUCGUACUAAACGAUCUCGUCAGAGUGAAAAUCUUAUCGCCCGUGAAUUAUUUAAUUUAAAAUAAAAUCUCUAGUACUCGCCGACGCUCUUCAUCGUUUUCAUUGUGUCCGAAUUUUACUUCUCUUCGAUCGUCAUCUCGCUGCAGCCGUCGGGUUCGCGUGGUCGUCUCUACGCGAGUGCGCGAAUUUACCAGUGCGCAACUUGUUCGUAAAUAUUUUUUAUAUAAAUCACGCGCAAGACGGACCUCAUCGACACAAUUCCAUGACGCCACGAUGAUGCAAUCGGCGACCGGUGAGACGACUUCCGAAGCUACAACGACGACUCCGACCGCGGUUGUUGUCGCCGUGUACGUGAACCGGAUAAUGCCGAAUUUUCACUGAACCCGACGUGACGUCUGAUUGCUCACUACGACUCACACGCAUUCGUCGUUGUUAUUGGUUGUUUGACGAAGAACAGACUUAUAACUGCAUUUACGACGCGCGUCCCGGAGACCGCGUGGACACACCCAUGGUCGUACUCUGACGAUUUCGCAGUGGCGACUCGCACCUCGGCCGCCGCCGACGCCGAUACCGCCACCGACACUGAAGCCGACAUGACGUCGCGCAACGCUUUCCGCGGAUCGUGAGUGUGCCAGCCGGCGUACCGAGCUCGGAAAGCCAUGUGCACGGCGGCCACCGGAUGUUGGCGUGGCCGUUUUGUGUCGACAUGAACCGCGCCGAAGAGGUUCAGCUGUUUCGCAAGUCCAGGGAAGUCUCGCUGAGAAGCAACGGCAGUGGAACAGGCAACGGCGGGGCGAGCGGGUCGCCCGUCAUCGACAGGAUCGCGUCCACUGAACUGAAACAGCAACAGCAACAGCAGCAACAGCAACGGUCGCGCCUCGGAUGUGCGGGCGGCAACGUCGGCGGAGCCUGCGGUGGUGGCGGCGGCGGCGGCGGCCAAUCGGAAGGGGACUGCGGCACCAACGACGAGCGGCGCCGGCAGCAGCAGCGGUUUGACGGUGGCAAACAGGAAGCCGUACCGGACCAACAGGUCCGGCCGCCGCACCACCACAGACGGAUGCCCAGGUUCGGCGAGGCGCAUCAUCGGCGGGUGCCCACGCCGCUCAAGAAGCGCCGACAGCCACGCGAGGACUUCGCUGACCCGCCGACGCCGAGCAGCGACGCCGACGACGCGGCCAUUGUCGAGGUGGUCACCGCCGGCGGUGAUGCCAAACCACCCGCGCCGCCCGGCGUACCCGACCCGUACUACCCCAUUUACCUGCCCAUUGACCAAGCGUUCAAGGCCAAGUACGUGUUCCACCAGCGGAAGGGCAAAACUUUCCAGGAGAAGGUCUACGUGUUCCUCGAACACCCGUGCGGAUGGAUCUGCUUCAUUUACCACUUCGCUGUGUUCAUGGUCGUAUUGGUAUGCCUGAUUUUCAGCGUGCUAUCAACGAUCGACGAGUAUUCCGGGUUUGCGAACGAGACACUAUUUUGGAUGGAAAUUUGCCUAGUCGUGUUCUUCGGCGUCGAGUAUAUGAUACGAUUAUGGUCGGCCGGCUGCAGAUCCAAGUACAUGGGCACUUUCGGCAGGUUCCGUUUCGUCCGGAAACCCAUAUGCAUCAUCGAUUUAAUCGUUGUCGUGGCAUCAAUCGUGGUAUUAUCGAUCGGUUCCAAUGGACAGGUGUUUGCCACAUCAGCGAUUAGAGGCAUUCGGUUUCUACAAAUAUUGAGAAUGCUCCAUGUGGACCGUCAAGGUGGUACAUGGCGGCUUCUCGGCUCAGUUGUAUUUAUUCAUAGACAAGAGCUCAUCACUACAUUGUAUAUAGGAUUUUUAGGUUUAAUAUUUAGCAGCUACUUUGUUUACCUCGCUGAAAAAGAUGCGGUCAGUAAAGAUGGAAAAUCAAGAAAUGAUUUUUCCAGUUACGCCGACGCACUCUGGUGGGGAGUGAUCACUGUUACGACGAUAGGUUAUGGUGACGCAGUACCUCAGACGUGGAUCGGCAAGAUCGUAGCCUCGUGUUUCAGCGUAUUUGCGAUUUCGUUCUUCGCUUUGCCAGCUGGCAUAUUGGGUUCUGGAUUCGCGUUGAAAGUACAACAAAAACAACGGCAGAAGCAUUUCAACCGGCAAAUACCCGCGGCUGCGAUGCUGAUACAAUGCUUGUGGAGGUGCUACGCGGCGGAUAAAUGUUUCAACAGCCAAGCCACUUGGGACAUUUACAUCAAGGAACCUGGACACCAGAAAGACAACUCGUCGUUGAGCAAAUCUUUGAUCAUGCAAGUAGCGAAACGCGCCAGCGUCUUGAAGCGGAAGAGAUCAAAAAGCAAAAUGGACACACCCGGAGCGACAAAUAAUAAUAGGGAUUGCCCGCAAGCUCAAACUUUACCCCCACCGCCCAGAAGGGACAGUGAUGGUGAAGUCGUUUUCUACAUAGAAGAACCCAAAGCGACUACUCCUAAUCGCGUAAGGAGAGAAGCUAGAGGAUAUGUCAGCCAGACGAGUUCCGUAACAGAAGCUGCCAGCGAUGAAGUCGACUUGGAAAUGGAACCAGAACGGGUGACCACGUUAACCGACGUACACAAAAAUGCUAUUCGAGCCAUUAGAAAGAUCAAAUAUUUUGUGGCCAGAAGAAAAUUUCAACAAGCUAGAAAACCAUAUGAUGUACGUGAUGUUAUCGAACAAUAUAGCCAAGGUCAUUUAAAUAUGAUGGUUCGGAUAAAGGAAUUACAAAGAAGGUUAGAUCAGACUCUCGGAAAGCCAGGCAGCUAUCUAGCAGGAAUUGACCGAUCAGGCAAUGUUAAGCCUAUGACAAUUGGUGCUCGUUUGUAUCGGCUAGAACAGCAGCUAUCCAUUAUGGACAAGAAGCUGGACCAGUUGGUGUACCUUUUAAACGUCCAGACGCACAGACAACAAUUUCCGGCUUUAGAAGAACAAGUUUAAACUUUUAAAAGAUUAUUUAAACGUCUCUUUCUCAUGGAUCACCUGACCAAUGUUAUUAUUUUAUUAAGAAACAAAAUAAACUUCUUACAAUCACGCAAAAUUAAUUUACACACAUAUCCGUUCGACUUAAAAAAGCUUUAUCUGGUAACUUUAUCCUUUCGAUGACGUGGACCACAUUAUUGGUUGUUGAAUAACAAAAACUAUAAUAAUAAUAAUAACAAUAAUAAUACUAUAUAGACGAAAAUAAAUAUUUUUAUGAGAACCCUUGUCUGAAGCAUUCUUACGACGGAACCUAAUUUUAGGCUAAUGCACAAUAAAAUAUAAUAUAUUAUAAUUAUAUAUAAUUAUUGUUAAAUAAAUCUAAAACACUAUUUUUCUAUGUCUAUUUAAUACAAAAAUCGUACUUGAAUUAAUAUUAUAAAUAUAUUUAAAUAUUCUAAUACAAUGUUAAAUAUAUGCUUUAUCAGUAAUUUAGUGUAAACCACUUAAACCGAAAUCUCUCGAAAACACUUUAAUAUGAAAUUAAUUUUAGUUAUUAGAUUUUUGUUUUUUUAUAUAACGACUGGUGAUUCUUUUAGGCUUAAUUAAUUCGAAUUUCUACAUUCUUAGGAUUACAUGGAUAUUAAUAUGUUGUAGUUGGUAAAAAAAAAUUGAGCUUAUAGAUGUUAGGUAUAGUUUUAAUCAAAUAAUCUGUUAUUUAUUGAAAUUAUAUUUAUUUAUGUGGGAGAGCGUAAACAUACUUCACGUGAUUAUUUGAUAGUAAUUCAAAAAGCAAUAAUUAAAAAUAUUUACUUGGUGUUCAAACGAAAAAUAACAAUAACGACAAAUCCAAACCCAAUAUAGUUUAAUAACCAUUAAGUCAGUUUGUUUUCAUUUUACAUUUCGAAAUCGAUAACUCCUUGUUUUAUAUAAAUCAUUUUCUUAUUUUUAAUCUGUAAACCGUAUCCCUGAAAGUUUCCCGACGCGCACAGUGACCAAAAUUAGUUUGCAAAUUAAACAAUCAAGUAUAAGACUAAAAUUAAAACAUAUUUUUUUUCAUGAUAGAAUAUUUUUUUUCAUUUUCUUUUUUUUAUUGGGACCAAUAAACUCCAAUAACAAGGAUAAUUUUAAAACGUUAUAUCAAAAAAUUCUAAAAAAAAAAAUAUAUGUAUAAUGACUAUAAUAAA